CAGUCACACAUACGCGCUCUGCUUAAACACUGUUGGAGCAGCUCUUCUUGUACUUGCUAACGCAGAGCUGCAUUCGGCUUUGCAUCUGUGAAGGAGAGAGGAGAGCAGACAUGGAACGCCUGUGCUGGUAUAGCAGAUAUCACAAUGAACCAAAGGUUAAGAUGUCUCAGGUGAAGCAGUUUGGCCUGUUGGCUGCUGGAUGUCAGCCCUGGAAUAAAGAUGUAUGUGCUGCUAGUGGAGAUAGGUUUGCGUUCUGUGCCACACUCGCUAUAUAUGUAUACCAACUUGACCACAGAUAUAAUGAGUUUAAGCUGCGAGCAAUCAUGUCUGAACACAAGAAGACCAUCACAGCUAUAUCGUGGUGUCCGCACAACCCUGAGGUUUUUGCAAGUGCCAGUGCAGAUAACCUGCUUAUCAUCUGGAAUGUGGCUGAGCAGAAGGCCGCUGCAUGCCUAGAUAACACCAAAGGUAUUCCAGCCUCACUAAGUUGGUGCUGGAACGCUGGCGACAGUGUAGCAUUUGUAUCCCACCGAGGUCCUCUGUACAUAUGGACCAUUUCUGGGCCUGACUCAGGAGUUACAGUACACAAGGAGGCCCACAGUUUCCUCUCUGAUAUCUGCCUGUUUCGCUGGCAUCCACUGAAGAAGGGAAAAGUGGUGUUUGGACACACUGAUGGGAGUCUGUCCAUCUUUCAACCAGGCUCAAAGAAUCAGAAGCACAUACUGCGACCAGAGUCGUUAGAAGGCACAGAUGAGGAGGAUCCCAUCACAGCUCUAGAGUGGGACCCCCUCAGCAUGAACUACCUGCUGGCGGCCAACAUGCACAAUGGGAUCAGACUGCUGGACUCUGUGUCCUUAUCCUGCAUCACUACAUUUAGUUUCCCUAGCGCUGCCGCCUCUGUGCAGUGCCUGGCCUGGGUGCCGAGCGCCCCUGGCAUGUUUAUCACAGGGGAUUCUCAAGUUGGCGUGUUGAGAAUAUGGAAUGUAUCAAGAGCGACACCUCUUGAUAACUUCAAGCUGAAGAAAACCGGCUUUCAUGCACUUCAUGUUUUAAAUUCCUCACCGGCAAAGAAAUCAGUUUGCUCAAAUUCUCCUUCCAAGAAUCACUACACCUCCUCCAAUAGCGAGGCUGUGCCUCCACCUACUCUCUCACAGAACCAGGCCUUCUCCCUACCUUCUGGCCACGCUGUCUGCUGUUUCAUGGAUGGGGGGGUGGGACUCUAUGACAUGGGUGCCAAAAAGUGGGACUUCCUACGGGACCUGGGUCAUGUCGAAACUAUAUUCGACUGCAAAUUUAAGCCAGAUGAUCCAAACCUUCUAGCUACAGCUUCAUUUGAUGGGACAAUAAAAGUCAGGGAUAUAAACACCUUAACUGCUGUUUACACAUCACCGGGCAAUGAGGGAGUGGUUUACUCUCUGUCCUGGGCCCCUGGAGACUUGAACUGUAUAGCAGGAGCCACAUCAAGGAAUGGUGCCUUUAUUUGGGAUGUGAAGAAGGGAAAAAUUAUCAUAAGAUUUAAUGAGCAUGGCAAGAAUGGUAUAUUUUGUGCUGCUUGGAGCCAUAAAGAUUCCAAAAGAAUAGCCACAUGUAGUGGAGAUGGAUUUUGUAUAAUUCGAACCAUUGAUGGCAAAGUGUUGCACAAAUACAAACAUCCAGCGGCAGUGUUUGGCUGUGACUGGAGUCAAAAUAACAAAGAUAUGAUUGCAACUGGUUGUGAAGACAAAAAUGUUAGAGUCUAUUACUUGGCCACCAGCUCAGACCAGCCACUAAAAGUCUUUACGGGUCACACAGCCAAAGUAUUCCAUGUGCGUUGGUCACCACUCAGAGAGGGAAUACUGUGCAGUGGCUCAGAUGAUGGAACUGUUCAUAUUUGGGAUUAUACUCAAGAUGCCUGCAUUAACGUGCUGAGUGGCCACACGGCUCCGGUUCGGGGUCUGAUGUGGAACACUGAGGUUCCAUACCUUUUGACCUCAGGGAGCUGGGACUACACCAUUCGUGUCUGGGACACCAGAGAUGGCACCUGUCUCGACACUGUAUAUGACCAUGGAGCUGAUGUUUAUGGUCUCACGUGUCACCCCAGCCGUCCGUUCACUAUGGCUUCUUGCUCCAGAGACUCAACAGUCAGACUUUGGUCACUCACUCCUCUAAUUGCCCAGCUAGUGGUCAACAUCCUUACUGACCACAGCUGGGAUGACAUCAUUGGCAACACUGAUCGUGCUAUGGUGCCUGGAGCACCUCCCCUCCUGUGUGGAAAAGUUUCCCGAGAUAUCAAACAGGAGCUGGAUAAACUCUCUAGCGAUGUGCAGAUGAAGAAGCUCAGAUGGUUUUCGGAAUGUUUCUCUCCACCAGGGGGGAGUCAUAACCUAUGGGACUUGGUUGCUAUAAUCAAUGGGCAGGAUGAUAGUCUUCUCCAACAGAACUAUGGGCAGGGCAUCAUGCAUAUGAAACACUUGGUCCGCUUUAAAACUUCUGAAGCACAAGAACUGACUAUAGUAAAGAUGUCAAUGUUUGGAGGUGGUAUUGGAGCACCUAGUAAAGAGGAAAGACUAAAGAAUGCUGCAGAAAUCCAUAUUAGACUGGGUCAAAUCCAGAGAUAUUGUGAGCUUAUGGUGGAACUGGGAGAGUGGGAGAAGGCACUGUCAGUGGCCCCUGGUGUGUCCAUGAAAUACUGGAAGAAGCUCAUGCAAAGGAGAGCAGACCAGCUUAUGCAGGAGGGCAAUGAUGAUGUCAUCUCAUACUGCAUUGCCACUGGUGAGGUGAAACAGCUGGUGAAUUUCUUCACCUCUAGAGGUCAACUGAAAGAAGCAGUGCUGGUGGCUCAGGGUGCUUGUGAAGGCAAUAUUCAUGUACCUCAGAUCACAUCAAUAAACCAUGCUGCAUAUUCAGAAAAUGAUAACAUAGAGAAGUACUGUGGGCUGUUGCAUCGGGUGUGUAAAGAACUGGCAGAGUGGUAUUUCCAAGAUGGCCAUGCUGUUUUGGCAGCCUGUUGCCACCUAGCAGUAGACAACACAGAACUGGCUAUGGCAUCUCUGAUCAGAGGCAAUGAGCUGGAACUGGCAGUGUGUGUGGGCACAGUGCUGGGAGAAUCAGCUAGAAAAGCCACCCACUAUGUUCUGGAGCUCAUAGCCAGGAAGUACAUGACCACUGCCACAUGCUUUCCAUUUGUAACAUACAGGGAUUUUGCAGCCAGAUUACUCCAGAUGAUCCCUGAAAACGAGAUCUUGUUAGCCAAACUAUGUGCCUUCUACCCUGGCAGCUCAGCCAAAAUUAACGACCUGCACGAGAAGUGUGGACUACCGACUUUAGAGGAAUGUAAAGAGCUUGCUAAGAAUGCACAUGAUGAGGGAGAAAUUUUCCAAGCAGUGAAGUAUUACCUCCUGAGCUCAGAACCAGAAAAGGCUGUGCCCAUUGGCAUCUCAUCCGUCAAAGAGCAGCUGAGCUCUCGUGACUGGACAGUGGACUCUGUAUACCACAUUCUAGACCUGCUGAGCUACAUUAGAACAGACCGUCUUAUUCUCCCAAAGUGUAGUGUAGACCGCAAUGAGUUACUUAUUCUUUGUGGCUAUACUGGUGCACUAUUAGCCAUUGGGAGACAGUAUUCGAGUAUAGUGCCAGCACUGUAUGAAUAUACAAGUCAGCUGCUGAAGAGGAGAGAAGUGGCUGUGCCAUUGCAGAUAGAGCAGUUGUCUGUAGAGUUGGAGGCCUGGAGAGCCUGCACACAAAUCCUAAAAAUGGAAGAUGAGAGCUUAUACACCCCACCAUCUGAGGCCCAGAAAGUGCAGUACAACCAGCUGUUGAGUCGGAUGAGAGAGGAACCCAUCAAAGGCCUAGAGGGUCCUGACUAUGUCACUGGCUCCAACUUGCCCAGCCACUCUGAUGUACAGAUCUCCUGCUUCACUGGCUUGAGGAUACAGGGUCCAGUGUUCUUCCUGGAGGACGGCAAGUCAGCCAUUUCUCUAAAUGAUGCCCUUAUGUGGGCGAAGGUGAACCCUUUCUCUCCAUUAGGGACGGGUAUACGCCUCAACCCCUUCUGAGUACAAACACAUGAAUGUGAGCAGUAUUCUGUCUAGUCUGGCUCUGGAAAGUCAGUGUCUGGUAGUGGAUAAACAUUCCCCAUAUAUCUCAGAGAGCUUGUUGCAUGUCAUAGAACAGCAAAUUCAAACCAAUAUUUCCUGAAGCUUUGCCAUUCCAUGGUGUGUUUAUUGAUGUGCAACUUGCAGAGUAUAUGCAAAGAAUCAGAUGAGCAGUGUUGAGGGUUGCAGUCAAUAUUAUAGCCCAAAGUUUGUUAUUCUAGUAGCUGUUUAGUUGGUACUGUCAAAGAUUAUUAUAAAGAUCGGGCAUUUUUUGGAUCACGCAGUCUUCUGAAUCUUUUAUUUUAAGACUUGAGUACAGGGUAUUUACUGGUAAAGUUUUCUUUGCGUAUUUAUUUAUUUAUUUAAUUUCAUGAGAGACAAGUUAGGUUUGCUGUUUUUCCACUGAAACAGUUUGGCUGAUUUGUCUCUUAUCCUUAAUGUAUUGACUUGUGAAUAUACACCUUAUUUUAGUAGACCCAAAUAGGAAUAAUGAGAGUUUGAAGAAAGUAUAUUGUAAUAAUCACAUUGCAAUGUUACUUUAUUCCAUUCAGGGACCAUUAUGAAUGGUUAUUACAGAGUGCAGUAGUUCUGGAGGUUUAAUAUUUAUGUACAUUCAAUUUGGCAGCAUUAUUUACAUAGCAUUAUUAGAACAUUAAGCCUUGCUGAAAUAUUCAAAAUACAUGUCUAGAAAAACAUAGGCAAUAACUCUGAGAAAACGCACACAGAAUGUAAUAAAUUUCUGCUGAUACAUGGCUUUACAUUUGGAGUUUAUUUAUGAAGUUAGGAAGUAAAAGACAAAAGUAUUUCUAUCAAUAUGGCAUAGCACAUUAGACAUAAAUUAUAAUUGUCAGGUGUUCAAGCUGGUAAAUUUUUUUAGUUGCAAGCAUUGUCACACAUAGCUGAGUAUGUACUGUAAAAUUGUUUAAGAUUAUUACUUGACAAUCCAGAUACAGAGGCUAUUUUCAUCAAGCUGCACUAUGAAAUGUAUUUAUUUGUAUAUAGUUUUGUUCUAGAGUUUGUCUAAAACUCCAAGCAAAAAUUGGUGUACAUGGCAUUAUCCAUACGCAACAAAGGGAACAUAACAAAAGGAACUAAAGGAAAGUUAAACAUCACAUAUUGAUCCUGUAGUUGAGUCAGGCAUCAGACUGAGGCCGGGACUUACCCAAAUCCACUAAGUCUGCAUGCACACAACCAUCAUUUUCCUGUUAACUUUGAAUAAUGAUAUAUCAUAAAAGUGCCAAGGCAAUAUAUGUAAGAACUAGCAAGACACAUGUCACUCAAACUGACCUUUUUUGUGACUAUGAUUUGAUAAUUGCUAUUAAAAAGGAUGAAGUUACCAAGAAUAUCUCAAGAAUAUAUAUUUUAUUUUUUCUUAAUUGAAUAUGAUUCCAUUAAUUGAGAAUUGACUCAAAUAAAAGAGCUGAUUUCUAUGAUUUUUGAAUCAGGCAUGACUGAAAUCAACUGCAGCUGAAAAAUAAUGACAAAGAGAAAAAGCCAAUUGAAUUUCACUUAUUUUGUUUAUUUGUAUUGGCAAAUGCAAUGCAAAAAGUAUUAGAUUGAAUCUUACCAGUAGUGUACCAUUAAAAGUUUUAUACACAUCACUUUUGAAGUGUGCAAUGUUAAGAGAUAACUGUGAAAACCAUGAUAGCAUCAGAUUUUGUGAAUACUACUGGAAUUGAUUUCCAUUUUGUUAGAUUUUAUUAUUUUUAUUAGAUUAAUAAAAUGAGAAUUUGUAAUGUUGACCAUACAGUCCAUAUCAAGGCAUAACGAUAAUUUCAUUCCAAGAUGAUACAUUUGUAUCAAAGAAGCCAUGCCGCUAACAUUGAUCAAAAUGCACAGGUUACAAAUGACACAUUUAGAUAGUAUUUACCAAAACAUAAGUGAUGUUCAUUAGUUGCAUUAAAUAUAUUUUAUUUAAAAAAAAAAACACACACAAA